AUGCUAGUUGUCCUUGCAACACUAAACAAUAAGAUUAUCUUUUAUAAAUACUUUGGAGAGAAAAAGCACUCUGUUGCAUAUCUUCUAGCGUAUUCUGCACUUGACACCGAGGAUCCGCUUUCAAUCGACGACUUUGUCUCAAGUACUACUCUUCUUGAAAGUGGGCACAAAAUAGUCACUGUUCAUAGAACUACAGACAGAGAUGUAAGUUACAAACCUGGAAUACUAAGCCAGUUUUUGGGUGCAAAGAGUAAAUCUAAAAAGACCGUAGAUGCCCUUACGAGCAUGUUUGUAGAUGAAAUGCUUAAUCCUUUUGUAGAUUGUAAUUCUGGGUUGAGCGAAGAGUUUGGCAAAAAUAUACCUUAA